AUGCCCCCGUUCGCGUUCAGGGGCCUCGCCUCGAUGGCCUUGGGCGCUGCAGUCGCCCAAGCCCAGCUCUGGGACCAAGUCAUUCAGACCAACUAUGGCCCCGUUCAAGGCUUCAAGUACUUCAACGAGUCUACGCUUGAGAAAUUCUUUGGCAUCUCCGAGUCCAACGUGACGGCUUUCUUAGGCAUCCCAUUUGCAGCGGAUACCGGUUAUCAAAACCGCUGGAAGCCGCCCCAGCCUCGCGAACCGUGGAAUGAAACCUUGAAGGCCACCGAGUUCGGCCCUCGGUGUCCCACCGACGAGUCCAGCUACAUCAGCGAGGAUUGCCUGAGUCUGAAUCUAUGGACCAAUGCCGGCUCCGCGGAUGCGAAGCUGCCCGUCAUGGUCUGGAACCAGGGCUCGGAUGAGACCAGCGAUAAUACCUGGUGGUAUGGCGGCGGGAUGGCCUUGAAGGAUGUCAUCCUCAUUACCUUCAACCGCAGAGAUGAUGUGUUCGGAUACCUGGCGCAUCCAGAUCUGAAUGCAGAGGGUCUGGCAGCCACUGGUCACGAAACGUCGGGAAACUAUGGAGUGCUUGAUCAACUUGAGGUGCUGAAAUGGGUGAAGAAGAACAUCGCCAACUUCGGUGGUGACCCUGACCGGGUGGUAGUGGCCGGCCAGUCCUUUGGCUCUUCCCAGGUCUACCAUGCUGUGAACAGCCCACUGUUCAAAGGCUACUUCCAUGGUGGCAUCUCUCAGUCUGGCAUCCGCUACCCAUAUGACCCACUGCUGGCUGGUCUCGCCACUUCCUAUGUCAACAUGUCCACGGCUCUCAUCCACGGUGCCGACUACAUCGCCGCCCAUAAUGUCUCCAGCAUUGCCGAAUUGCGCACAUUGUCUAUGGAGGAGGUGCUGGUCGGCUCGCAGGACCGUGUCAACGGCACUUGGAUGUCGUGGGUCACUGCUCUGUCUGCUGGCUAUCCCCUGAUCUUCAAGCCGGUCCUCGACAACUAUGUUCUCCCCUCCAAGUACAUCGAGACGCUCCGCAACGGCCCCGCCAACGAUGUCCCCGUCAUCACAGGCAACACAAAGGACGAGUCUGGCGCCUCCCCGUCCACCGACUACACCGUGGAGCAAUACGAGAACUACACCUCGCACAAAUACGGCGACCUCUACAACCGCUACAUCAAGCUGUACCCGGACAACGGCAACCAAACCACCGCUGACCAAGCCUGGAACGCCGCGGCCCGCGACGCCGGACUGGUCGGUUCGUGGGCCUACGCCACCGAGUGGUACAAGGCUGCGUCCGCCCCCUUCUACACCUACUACUGGACUCACGCCCCGCCCGGCCAGAACCAAGGCGCCUUCCACCAGUCGGAGAUCAUGUAUGCCCUGAACGCUCUAUACGCCAAUGCCGACCAGUAUCCUUUCACCGAAGCGGACUACGAGAUCCAGGAGAAGAUGUCCGCCUACUGGGCCAAUUUUGCAAAGACGCUGAAUCCGAAUAAGGGCGGCUCUUACACCGGCAAAGGGGCGUUGCCGCGCUGGAGCCCUAACAGCCCCAAUGGCACCCAGGUGGUCAUGGAACUAGGCAAUGCAUUCACCAAAGUGCCCAUUGCCAAGAGGGAGCAGGUUGAGUUUCUGAUGGAGUGGUACCACCAACAGAUCCCAUAUUAG